CAUCUUCUCCAAAGGACUUUUGAGUUUUGAGAGAGAGAGAGAGAGAGAUUAGGGAGAAGCUAAAAGAGAGAUUGAAAAAUGAUGAAGUUGAGGUCAAAGAGGUUUUGCAGAAGCAUCUCAAAGCUCCGUGGAGGUGGUGUUAGUAAUGGCAACAGCAGCAUGAAAGGAGGUGAUCAAAACGCUGGGUCUGAAGGCGUAGGCGAUAUCAAAUGGGAACUCCGACCUGGUGGCAUGCUUGUCCAAAUGAGAAACAUGAGUACUGGUGAGAGUGUGGGAGAAGGGAUUAUUACAGUUAGGGUCUCAACUGUCUCAAAAUGGCAUGACAUUUCCAUUGAAGCCACUUCAACUUUUGGAGAGUUGAAGAUGAUAUUGUCAUUGGUGACUGGUUUGGAGACAAGGGAGCAGAGGCUACUGUUCAAAGGGAAAGAGAGAGAGGAUGGUGAAUAUUUACACAUGGUUGGGGUUAGAGACAAGGACAAGGUGCUGUUGCUGGAAGAUCCAGCUACCAAGGAGAGGAAACUACUCUAUGGCUUGGCAGGGGGCCCAGCCAUUGGAACACCCUGCAGUUGUACCAUUAGUGUAUGAAAAUUAAAAUGAUUUUUCAUUACUAACACUAAAACCAAAAAAUUGCACAAAUAUGGUGAUGGAUCAUGAUCAUAUUCCUUCUUCAACUUGCGGCUAUAUUAGGGACUCCCUGGCUUGUAUUAAUAUUUGCAUCAUGUGUCGGAGUGAGCAAUUUUUAAAUGCUUAAGCUAAUUAUGCACAUCGAUCUUCUCAUCAUGUGCAAGUUGCAAAUGGCUUAUUAUGUUAAUAGAAAUGUUGAUUUCUGGUGUUAUAUAAA